CCAUUUUUUAAGGCAUAAUAUUAUGGUUUUUUAGUGCUAGAAGUCUCGAGCCCUAAAAUAAUAGUCCCACGGCGGCUCAUAUCAAUAUAAUUAUAAUAAUAAAACCUGUAUAACACACAUUUGUGUGCACCACGGACCGCCGCACCAUACUACAGUAUACACUUAACACGCCGAGUACGCGACGCGUUAGAAAGCCUUCGUUUAAUUUUUGGAUUAAUCUUACCGCAUUGGAAUAAUUACCUACCGGAUUAAGAAGAUAUUUUCUUCAAAUAUUAAUAUUUUCAAACACAAUUUUGAAACAUAUAAACUAUUUUGAAAGAGAUAUAGAUCAUCGUGACUCCUAUUUAGUUAAUACAAGAAGUAUAAUAAUUACGAAUAUAAUUUUAUUUUAAAAAUUUACUCGGGAAGUGCGGUCGCACCAUUGCACCUUAGCACGAACCGCCACUGUGUAUGAGCAUAUAAAUAUGAAAUAAUAUUAUGAUUCAUGGUAAUAUGGUAUCCAAGGCGCAAGCGCAUUAAAUUUUAGUUCGGUAUCGAAUAUACACACGAAUGGGUGAUUAAAGAAGAAGAAGCGUAAGUGCAAGCAUGAAAGUUUACUUUAUCAUGAGUGCCAGAGUGCAGUGCGUCGGUCGGAGGCAACGUCGUGGAGGUCAACGUGUAAACAAUUAUGAACGUUGUGGGGGCGCACAGAUGGCGCGUUGAUACCGCGGUUACUGCAACGAGUCGUUGCCAACGACAAUGAAACCAUACUAAAUAAGUAGGUAUGAUUACAAAAAAACCUGUUUUCGUUUGGUUUGCGCAUCUCCCCACUAUAAUUCUAUACACAAAACCAUUGCUCGUAGUUCUCCGCAUUUUCAUUGGUCUACGCGAUUGACAUGAAAGGUUGGUAUGCGUAUCACAAAGUUGUGAUCAUACCCAUUUAUUUAGUCAUGUUCAUGGUCAUAACCUAAAUAAAUGAAAAUAUGAAAUUAGUUUGGUUUUUCUUCUAUGAAAUUGUGGCGUUGCCCAAUGAUGAUGGGAAUUUAUAACUACUGAACAAUGUAUAAAAUAUAGUCCGUCGUGAAAAACAUGAAAACAAAAGAAAUACCAAGUCAAACCGACCUGUUAUGUGUCCGCGUUUACUAUUCUGUGCUAAUUUAUAAACUGUUUAAAUUAAAAGUAAAUCGACCGAUAUGGUGAAUAAGUGCAGUGUAACUGGUUGCAAAAGCCUGUAUUCGAAGGAAGACAAUGUCAAAGUUAGAUUACACAGGUUUCCUCUAUCAAAUCCAGAAACACUACCCAUAUGGAUAGCUGCUACCGGUAGGGAAAAAGAUUGGAAACCUUGUAAAAGUAGUAGAUUGUGUGGUAAUCAUUUUGAAAAUUCUGAAUACAUAAUUGGCCAUGGGAAAAAUGUUUUAAAGGCUACCUCGGUCCCAACGAUUGAAUAUCGUGUAGAUGUUAUGAGAUACAACAGAAGGAAGUCACUAAAUUGUAAUGAUAUGGAGCGAACGAAUAAACCUUUAAAAGUUGAUUCAGUGGAUAGUACUGAUACAAAUGUUGAAAUUGUCCAACUCAACUAUAAUGAUAUGUACAAUUUAAAGUACGAACAUCAAAAUAAGGGUGAAAAUUAUGAUAACGGAGAAUCGUAUUGUAAAAAUGAAAAUAAAAAAUGUACAAAAAAAAAUGAUAAUCUUCAUGUUAUAAAGUUGGACAACAGUUAUAAUAAUGAAGAUGAUGCUAGUCAUGACGAUGCCAUAAAGAACGAAUAUGAAGAUUUCAACUAUGAACUAAAAAAUGAUAUUUGUAACAGAGAAAACCAAUGUUACAUGUUUACAAGCAGUUUCAAGGAAGGCGCCGAACCUAUAGUUUUAACACCUCCAGAAGAACCAUUAAAUAUGAAUAUUGACCAAACAACAGCAGAUUUAAAUUUUAAGAAAAUUAUGGAUUUAAAAUUAAAAAAACAACUGCGCACUAAAAAUAUUUAUUCAUUAUACUUCAAGGCUUUGAAAAAAAAAAGGUUUCGAAAACAAGAAAAGUAUAAAAAUUCUUUCAACAAUGAUGAUGCAGAUUCAUUUGCCGCAUUUAUAGGAGCUCAAAUGAAAGAUUUACGUCCAUAUAGAAAGGUUUAUUUAAGUGCAAAACACAAAAUUCAAAAAAUUCUUAUGAAAGCACAGCUUAAAAUAACAAAUUGAAACUAAGUUAAUAUUAAGAAUAAAAAGUGGCAUUAUGAUAAGUAGUUAUUGUUAAAUUUUGUAAUACAUAUAUACUAUUAAAAUUAUGUUGUAUUGUAAAAUUUUAAUGUACCUACAAUAUUUUUUUUUAUGUAAUAUGUAUGCUAACAAAUGUAUAUUUUAUAACUAUACAGUAUAAGUGUUUAAUUUAAUUUAUACAUUGAUACAUUAUUAUUAAAUAAAACAUUUUUAUUUAUAA